ACAGGUAAAUGAAGUGCACAUAGGAAUUCAAAUUGACUUGUUCUUUCGCUCUAUUCUCGGACGUCGGACGAAGCAGAGCAGCGAGAGUGCGGCUCUAGCAAGUCAAAGAGACGAAGGAUAGACUUACCGAGACGGUGACGCCAACCGGGGCUCUAAAUUGGCGUAGUCAUGACGACUAAUGGAGGGGAAGGUAACGAGACUUCGGUUCAAGUUGCUCUCAGAGUCAGACCACAGAAUUCCAAGGAACAAAUUGACAUGUGCCAAAUAUGCACCUUCUGCAUCCCUGGCCAGCCUCAGAUAGUGUUGGGGAAAGACAAGGCCUUCACUUAUGACUUUGUAUUGGACACUGACAGUGAGCAGGACGAGAUAUACUCCCAGUGUAUCGAGGGACUUGUUGCUGGUUGCUUUGAAGGCUAUAAUGCAACAGUACUAGCAUAUGGACAGACUGGAAGUGGAAAGACGUACACCAUGGGUACAGGGUUCGGUAUGGCAGUGUUGCCGGAGCAACUGGGGGUCAUCCCGAGGGCAGUGCGGCAGCUGUUUGCCACCAUUGACCAGCUCAGAGACGACGCCAUUGCUAGCGGUGAUCCUCCCCCACAAUUUGAGAUCUCUGCACAAUUUUUAGAACUAUACAAUGAAGACCUGAUUGACCUGUUUGACUGCAACAGAGAGGCUUUGAAGAAACUGAGGAUUCACGAGGAUCCCAAUGGCGGCAUCUACAUUGCGGGAGUCAUCUCACAACGUGUGGAGAGUGUGGAAGAGACCUUGUCGUGUCUGAAGCAGGGAGCUCUGUCCAGAACAGUGGGCAGUACCAACAUGAACGCCCAGUCGUCUCGCAGCCACGCCAUCUUCACCCUCCAGGUCUCCCAGCAAAGACCCAUCAAGACACCAAUCAGCAGUGAGAUAGUGGAGGAGGGGAGGGAGGGGUCGUACAGUACGAAAUCUCUGACUGGGAGAAUCUGAGUGCCAAGUUCCACUUUGUUGACCUUGCGGGCAGCGAGAGGUUGAAGAGGACGGGGGCCACGGGAGAGAGGGCCAAGGAAGGCAUCUCCAUCAACUGUGGGCUGCUGGCCCUGGGAAAUGUCAUCAGUGCUCUGGGAGAUAAAGCCAAGAAAGGCUCUCACGUCCCCUACAGAGACUCAAAACUCUCCAGAUUACUGCAGGACUCACUAGGAGGGAACAGCAGAACCCUGAUGGUGGCGUGCAUCUCUCCAACUGACAGAGAUUUCAUGGAGACCCUGAACACCCUCAAAUACGCCAACAGAGCUCGCAACAUCAAGAACAAGGUGUCAGUCAACCAGGACAAAACCAGUCAGCAACUGGCUCAAUUCAGAUCAAGAAUUCUGAAAUUAGAAUCUGAACUACAAGAAUUCCACUCUGGUCGUAAGAUCGUUAGCGAAGAUGGUAGUGUCGUUAUGAACGACAUCGCCAGCGAAGUCACCAUGCUCAGAGCCGAGAACGACAAGUUGCGACUGAGGGUAAAGUCUCUGCAGCAGGUGAUUGAGUCUCAAUCGGAGAGGAUUGCUGGCAUGGCGGCCGACAAGGAGUUGGCUGCACUUGGGAGACAUGAUGAAUCUACUGGACAAGUGGUGGGUCAAGAGGCGGAGGAGACCACCUCCCAUCUCCCCACUGUCAUCAAGGGAUACAUGAGACAGAUUGAGGAACUCAAGAGUCGACUGGUGUUGAGUGAGAGUCUUGGCCACCACAACCCCUCCUCUCCCUACCGGCGUCCUCCGUCCAUGGUCCUCCAAGGUCGUCAAUCCAGUUUGACCACUCUCCCAUUCAACCAGGAGACCAGCGAGCUCCUCCAGACUGCCAGGAGCGACAUCACCAGACUCAAACGGAGACAAGACAGAAAGGGGUCAGAGUCCGAGAGUGGGCGGAGUCAGCACAGACCCCGGUCGAGAGAUGUAGCAUCUGUCACCUCCCUGGAUGUGGUGAAUGAGGGAGUGAUGUCAGAAGGGAGAGGGGAGGAAGGGGGAGGAGAGGAAGGGGGGGAAGAUGAUGAGACUCUAUUUGGAUCAGAUGAAGAGGACACCAACAGCACCAAUGAG